UACUGUUUCCUGUUUUGGAGUUAGUCCGAGUUGAAACUAUCGGAAUUAGCUCUCGGUUGGGGUCCGGGUUAUUCUGCCUUCUAUCAUCAGAAAGUAACACGGGGAACGAGAAAAGUAGGGAGAAACACGUUGUUAACUCGGAGGAAAGACGCGAGCAAGUCGCAGCAGCAGCAGCGGUCGGAACUCACCAUUGUUGUCACUCCAGCGAGCUGACUGGACUCGCUUAGUCCUGUUUUGCUCCAAGUUCUUCUGUGUCUUCUACUUGUUAACUGGAGACUUUUGGCACCGACUCAUGAGUAAAUGAUGCUGCCAUGAUGGAGCACAGUGGAGCUGGCUGGACCUGCAGCCCUGGAGGCUGAGCGCCCUGCCCUGCUGUCAGGAUGCACAUGCCCUCCCUGGGCGUCAGCAAGUUCUGCUUCCUCUUCUCGCUUGCGUUCUGUGGCUUCCUGCUGCUUCUGCUCCCCACCUUGAAGCCCUUAUCUCGGCCUCUGGACCUGCCGCAGCCCCAAGCUCAGGUCAAACAUGGGCGGAACAACGCCUCAUCCAAGGAUGAAGCUGAAGCUUCCCUAGAGUUGGGCCGUGCUGUGCGGAUAGAUGGAGGCCAGAUCAAAGGUUCUGUACAGACGGCAGAUACCAGAAAUGGCCAACAAAAAGACAUCAAUAUCAAUUCAGACACUGAGAGUUUGAACUCUGCACCCAAGUUCUGGGACACCUUGGAACUAAAAGAUAUUUUUAUCGCGGUGAAGACCACAAGGAAGUACCACAAGUCCAGACUGGAGCUCCUCAUCAGUACCUGGAUCUCUCAAGCCAAAGAACACACCUACAUAUUUACUGAUGGGGAUGACAAAGAACUGGAAAAGAGAACAGGUGUCAACAUUAUCAACACAAACUGCUCUGCGGCUCACACCCGACAGGCCCUCUGCUGCAAGAUGUCUGUGGAGUAUGACAAAUUUAUUGAGUCUCAGAAAAAGUGGUUCUGCCACAUGGAUGACGACAACUAUGUGAUCCUGUCCAGCCUGCUGCGGCUGCUCUCCUCCUACCACCACAGCCAGGACGUUUACUUGGGUCGGCCCAGUCUGGACCACCCCAUAGAGGCCGCAGAGAGGGUCAAGAGCAGUGGAUUGGUGUCUGAAAAGUUCUGGUUUGCCACAGGCGGAGCAGGCUUCUGCAUCAGCCGUGGCCUUGCACUAAAAAUGAGCCCAUGGGCAAGUUUGGGAAAUUUCAUCAGCACAGCAGAGAAGAUCCGUCUCCCAGACGACUGCACCAUUGGCUACAUCAUCGAGGCGCUGCUGGAGGUGCACCUGAUCCACACUCACCUCUUCCACUCCCACCUGGAGAAUCUUCAGAAGCUUCCCACCAACACGGUGUUAGAGCAGGUGACACUCAGCUAUGGCGGCUAUGAGAACAGAAGAAACGUGGUCAGUGUUGUUGGAGGAUUUUCGUGGAUUGAAGAUCCAACUCGAUACAAGACGGUCCACUGCCAACUGUACCCGGAGACUGACUGGUGUCCAAAGGAAAAACUCUACAAAAACUAAUAAUGUUCGGCUAGAAAUGAAUUUGUAUUGUAUUUUGUUAAAGGCAGCUUCAAAUAUUUUCUGUUGUACUGUUGAGUUUUAUUAAGUAAAAUAAA